AUGGCAGAAAUUCUUAUUUCCGUUGCAGCAAAAGUUGCAGAGUGCCUGGUUGCUCCCAUUGUACGUCCACUGGGUUAUCUGUUUAAUUACCGUAGCAACCUUGAUAAGCUUGAGGAACAAGUUGAGAAUCUGGGUGAUGCAAGGGGGAGGCUGCAGCGAGAUGUGGAUGACGCUAAUAGGCAAGGGGAUGAGAUCGAACCUGAUGUCCAGAGGUGGCUGACACGUACAGAAGGGAUCAUCCAAACGGCAAGGACAUUGAUUGAAGAUGAGAACGCUGCAAACACGAGCUGUUUCAAUUUAAAGUUGCGGUACCAGCGAAGCAGGCAAGCGAAGAAGCAGUCUGGGGAUAUUUGUAAAAUGCAAGAAGAAAAUAACUUUCCCAGGGUAGCAUAUCGCCCUCCUCCACAAGGGAUAUGGUCUCCACGCCUCAGAGAUUGUGAAGCUUUCAAAUCGAGAGAAUCUCUUUUAAUCGAAAUUAUGGAGGCCUUGGGAAAUGAUGAUAUCAGGAUGAUUGGUGUGUGGGGGAUGGGCGGUGUGGGCAAAACCACCCUUGCCAAUCAAGUAGCGAAAAAGGCCGAGGAAGAUAAGUUAUUUGAAAAGGAAGAGGAAUUGGGAAGAGCAGACCGCAUAUGUAAAAGUUUGAACAAACACAAGACGGUCCUGGUGAUUUUGGAUGACAUUUGGGAGGAACUUAGUUUGGCAAAAAUCGGAAUUCCUUAUGGAGAUGUUCAUAAGGGGUGUAAAGUGCUGCUGUCUUCCAGAGAACAUGCUGUGUUGUCUAGAGAGAUGGGUACUCAGAAAAACUUCCAUGUUCAACAUUUAUGUGAAAAGGAAGCCUGGAGUUUAUUUGAGAAUACAGCAGGUGAUUCAGUGGAGAAGUUUGAAUUGCGCCCCAUAGCACUUGAAGUGGUUAAAAAAUGUGAGGGUCUACCAGUUGCCAUUGUAACAAUUGCAAAGGCAUUAAAAGGCGAAAGUGUGGCUGUAUGGAAGAAUGCCUUGGAAGAACUGAAGAGGUCUGCACCAACAAACAUCAGGGGAGUGAGUAAAAACGUAUACUCAUGUCUGGAGUUGAGCUACAACCACUUGGAAGGUGAUGAAGUGAAGCGUUUGUUCUUACUUUGUGGUAUGCUGGGCUAUGGUGAUAUUUCAAUGGAUCAAUUGUUAAAAUAUGGCAUGGGUUUGGAUUUAUUUGAACACGUGAGUUCAUUGGAGCAAAUAACAAAUAAACUAGUGACAUUGGUCAAAAUCCUCAAAGACUCAAGCUUGCUGCUUGAUGUUGAAGAUGGAUAUGGCUAUGAAGGUGAGUGGCCAGGUGUGUUGUUCGGAUAUAAUGACGAAAACAAGCCUGUCAGAAUGCAUGAUGUUGUUGGUGAUGUUGCCAGAGCAAUUGCAGCAAAAGAUCCUCAUCGAUUUGUUGUGAUCAAAGAAGCUCUUGUAUUAGAAGAAUGGCAAAGGAAGGAGGAGUUCAGAAAUUGCAGUCGUAUAUCUUUGCAAUGCGGAGAUCUCCGUGAGCUUCCGGAAAGAUUGGUAUGUUCCAAACUUGAAUUCUUUUUAUUGAAUAAUAAUGAUCCUUCUUUGAGAAUUCCAAACACAUUUUUUCAAGUGACGGAACUACUAAAAGUUUUGGACUUGUCUGCACUGGAUCUUACACCACUGCCUUCAUCACUUGGUUUUCUUUCCAAUCUUCGAACAUUGCGUGUAUACGGAUGCCCAUUCCAAGACAUAGCAGUAAUUGGAGAACUAAAGAAACUACAAGUUCUUAGUUUUGAAAGAUGCGAAAUUGAACGAUUGCCGAAAGAAUUCAUGCAAUUGACUGAUCUAAGGGCGCUGGACUUGUGGGAUUGCUCUCAUCUCGAAGAAAUUCCACGGAAUGUCAUAUCAAGUUUAUCUCGAUUGGAGCAUUUAUGUUUAGCAGAAUCUUUUACCAAAUGGGGGGCUGAAGGAUCUGGUAGUGGAGAAAGCAAUAAUGCUUGCCUUUCUGAGCUGAACAACUUGUCCUAUUUGAAGACUUUAUGUAUAGAAAUAAGAGAUCCCAAUUUGCUAUCAAAAGAUCUGGUCUUUGAGAAGCUUACCAGAUAUGUGAUAUCAGUGUCUUCCAUGGCAAGAUUUGUUGAUUAUAAGAGAUCCGCAAGAACGUUGAAGCUCUGGAGGGUUGACAGACAUUGUUUGGUGGACUGCUUUUCCAAGCUGUUCAAGACAGUUGAAGAUUUAGAAUUGUAUGAGUUGGAGGACAAAGAAACUAAACAUGUUCUUUACGAGUUGGAUACAGAUGGUUUUCUUCAACUCAAGUUUCUCCGUAUAAAUGAUUGGCCUGGGAUUCAAUACAUUGUUGACUCGACCAAAGGGGUCCCACCACACAGUGCCCUUCCUAUCUUGGAGGAAUUGGAGAUUGAUGGCCUCGAGAACAUGGAUGCAGUAUGCUAUGGCCCAGUUCCAGAGAGAUCUUUUGGGAAGUUACGUUCUCUAGCAGUGCAUCGUUGUAAGAGGUUGAAAUCUUUCAUAUCCCUUCCCAUGGAGCAAGGAAGGGAUGGAUGGGUGUUACGUAAAAUGGGAUCCUCGGAUUCGACACGGGACUUCUCCUCCACAGGAAGCAGUGCUACCCAGGAGUUAUCUAGGACUGAUGUUCCCACACCAUUCUUCAAUGAACAGGAUGCAUUCCUUCAUUUGGAGCAAUUGAUCUUAAAGGGCUCCAAGAUGAAAAUAUGGCAAGGCCAAUUUUCAGGGGAGUCAUUUUGCAAGCUGAGACUUCUGAAGAUAAGAAAGUGUCACGACAUUUUGGUUGUGAUCCCCUCCAAUGUGCUUCCAAAGUUGCAUAAUCUAGAGGAACUUCAUGUGAGCAAGUGUAAUUCAGUGAAAGAGGUAUUCGAACUUGUUGAUAAGGAAUAUCAAGUUGAGACACUCCCAUGA